AUGAGCAUCAAGACCCCACCCACACUCCUGCAGCUGGCAGCAGAGAGCCUGCUGAGGGACCAGGCCUCGGCCAUCUCAGCUCUGGAGUACCUGCCCGCCGAGCUCUUCCCGCAGCUGUUCAUCCUGGCCUACCGUGGUAGACGUCUCCAGGUCCUGAAGGCGAUGGCACAAGCCUGGCCCUUCACUGUCCUCCCUCUGGGCGGCCUGCCAGACCUGUCACUGGACGAGGUCUUCAAAGCCGUGUUGGAUGGGCUUGACCUUCUGCUUGCCCAGGAGGUUCGCCCCAGGAGAUGCAAACUGCGGGUGCUGGAAUUAAGGAACCUGGGUGCAGACUUCUGGAGAAUGUGGUGUGGAGACAGCACCCAGGAGCGCUCACCAACAGGACCAGUGACUGUGCACAGGUCCAGCCCCAACAUGGAGCACCCCUUAGCUCCCGUGGAGGUGUUCCUAGACCUUAACUUUAAGGAAGGGAACAGGGAAGAGUUUCUCAUGUACGUCAUCCAAUGGGCCCAGCAUUGGGAAGGGCUGCUACACCUGUGCUGCAAGACGCUGAGGAUUGCUGCGGUGCCCUUCUACAGGGUGAGGAAGGUCCUGGAUGCGGUGCAGCUGGACUGCAUCCAGGAGGUGGAACUGAAGUGCACCUGGUACCUGCCCACCCUGGGGACGUUUGCUCUUUACCUGGGGCAGAUGAGGAACCUGCAGAGACUCUCUCUCUCCCACAUCCACAUGUUGAAUGAGGAGGUGGAGGAGGAGGAGGAGGAGGAAGAGGAGCAGGAAGAAGAGGAGUGGGAGGACGAUGAGUGGGACAAGGACCUGCAGGAGGAGGAGCAGCAAUCCUUUUCCCAAUUCCUCUCUCAGAUGCUCAGGCUGCAGCACCUCAGGGAGCUCAACAUGGAUUCCCCCUCCUUCCUCCAAGGCCGUCUGGACCAGAUGCUCAGGUGCCUGCAGACCCUCUUGGACAAACUCUCCAUAACAAAUUGCUGGCAGCUGUCACAUUCAGACCUGACACACCUGUUCCAGUGCCCGAACCUCAGGCAGCUGAAGUCCCUGUGUCUGUAUUCUGCUAGCCUCGCUGAUUUUAGUCCUGAGCCCCUCCGAGCUCUGCUGGAGGCAGUGGCACCCAGCCUCCAGGAGCUGCGCCUGGAUAACUGUGCCAUGGUGGACUCCCAAGUUGAGGCCAUCCUGCCUGUCCUGAGCCGCUGCCACCAGCUCAGGAAGUUCACCAUCUCUAAGAACAACCUCUCCGCGGCCAUGGUGGGGGAGCUGGUGCGCCACACAGCUGGGCUCUGCAAUUUAGAGCUGGAGCUGUACCCCGUCCCCCUGGAGUGUUACAUGACCCAGUGGGGGACUGUCAACCAAGGGAGACUGGCCCUGGUCCAGGCUGAGCUGACGGGGAUCCUGAGAGAGUUAGGACAGAACAGGACUUUCUUUCUUGUCAACAAGUACUGUAAUUAUGUGUGA